AUGAGUACCGCUAUCGCCAUGGCCCCGUCUCCGGCACCUCACGACCGAACAGCCUUCGGCAACGGCUCCUCGUCCGCAGCCAACGGCACAAACUCAUCUGGAAGCACGUCUGCGUCCAACACAGAACUCUCGGCCGCUGCCGUCGCCGCUGUAUCCUCGUCCCCAACAGCGCAGCGCACUUCGUCCACCGGCUCUACAUCCGGCGCUCCGUUGCAGCGCAUGGGCAGCCGCAGUCCUCGUGGCGCAGCACAGCCCUCGGCAAACAAGUCUUCACCUCCCAGCAUAACACGAUCUGUUGCUCCGCCACCAAAGAUCGUCGUGAAGAAAGAGCCUGGCUCCCCCGAACCAACUCCCAGACGCAGGCCAGGAAAGCUUGACCUCUCGAAAGGUGGCGCCACAUCGACGACACCCGGCACCGGCCGCCCUCUCACAGCAAGGGACGGCCUGGGAAUCCAGGAGGUGGGCCUCGCGUGCCUAUCACCUGGAUUUGUUACUCACGAUCCCGCGAUGAAGGAGCAACUGCAGCGUAGUAUGACCGUUCGUGAGCAGCAGCGUCAUAUUAUCGAAGCUCGGUUACAGCAGCAAUCCGCCAAGGGCGACGGCACAAUGGACACCUCCAACAAGGACAGCGCCAACCCAUUCGCCGCAAAGACGCCCGGCAUGUCCCGCCGAAACAAGGCUCCGCCAGGCCUCUCCAUCGUUGCUCCCUCUCAUGAGACCUUUGCCCACGAGCGUGUCAUCCAAUCUGCACCGCUUGGCCAGACGUUCACCGGCAUGCACAACCCACACCCUCUCACUCGCCACAUUACAAACCAGCCGUCGAAGCUGUCCAACACCUCCCACAUCCACCACGUUCCCGCCAACCAGACAAGUAACCGCCUGCCACCCAUCGCCGACGUGUUCGGCCAAGGCCUCUCCGGCCACCCUGAGUCGAGUGGCCAUGCCACCUACCUUCAGCAGAGCGGCCGCGCACCUCUCACUUCGCCCAGCCACCCUCCCCCAAUGUCACACCCGCCGCUGCCACCACACGCACAGCAGCGGCAACAGGAGCAGUCGCAGCAGCAGCAGCAACAGCAGCAGCCGCCACUGUCUGGUCGGCCAAGAGAAUACCGCUCGGCGGAGGAGGCACAGGCUGAACUGGCAGGCGGCAGACCCGAGCUGCUGCCGAAGCUCGUGCACUAUGGCGGUCACCAACCGCCCACGCCACCCUCGCCGCAGCACGCUUAUGCUUCGGCCUCGACGAGACCUGCAGAAGGUGGUACACGGAGUACGAGCAGAAGGCGGACACGGGCCGAGUACGAAGACGGCGGAAGCCCGCCGCUUGGGACGGGCCGCCCCACCCAGCGCCGCGGUCCAUUUGGCGAAGGCCGAGACAGCCCAGAGACCCAGCGGGCAAAACGCGACGAGUUCCUCAAACUCUGCGAGCGUGCGUGGGACCUCUUCCACUCCUAA